AUGAAAGUGACACCGGAACAGAAUGAACCGCUUCCGACAGUCAGUUCCACCACAAUUCCAGUAGUCAUAACCAGAGAACAAUUGAGUCAGAUACCGGUUAACGCAAAGAUCAUUCCGAUUGGAAAGGAUAAGGAAGAAAAACCAGGAGGUGUCCGAUACAUGGUUCUAGUCCUCACAAUGACAUGUCUCUCCUUUAUGAUGUCCAACGUCAUCUGCUUCAACUUUACCGUCCUUUGUAUGCCAGGAACCGGAGAGCCGGCAGAGUUAUCCGAGAACAAAACACAAUACAUUGGGUACAGUAGGAAAGAGAAGACAUGGCUAUUCAGUGCGGUGGCAGUUGGUGCAAUGUUCGGUUUGUUUCCGGUUAUCAUCGGAAUCUCGACAUACGGUCUACGCAAAGUGUUCUUUGCUGCUGGAAUGUUGACAUCAGUGACCACGUUUUUGAUACCAAUUAUGGCGCCGAUGGACUUCAAUUUGUUCCUGUUGAUGCGCUUUUUGCAGGGAAUCGCCUAUGCCGCCUGUAUGCCAGCCGUCGGCGCCAUCACCUCCUCAUGGGCAUCAAUGACACAACAGGGACUAUUCAUUGCGGCUCUCACAACAUUCGGUCAACUAUCAUCAAUCUUCUCGAUGCCUGUAGCAGGAGAGUUGUGUGUGUCUCCAUUUGGCUGGAAAUCUGUCUAUUUUCUGCAUUCCUUGAUUUCAAUGAUUGUUUUCAUUGCAUGGUUUGCAGUGUUCACGGAUUCACCGAAAGACAACAAAUUCGUGAGAACCCUUGAGCUCUUCGAAAUUCAAAAAGGAAAAUCGUCGGCUGCCACCGCAAAAGUCCAUGAGCAAGAACCAACUCCUUACCUAGAAAUCCUGACCACUCCCUCAAUAUGGGGUGUCUGGAUCGGAGCACUGGGUGACCUUAUAGCAGUACAACUCAUUCAUAUCUACUCUCCAGUGUAUCUUCACGAUAUCGGAGGUUAUUCGGUGGAGAAGACCGGGUUCGCAGCCGCCGUUCCCGUUCUUUUCCAGUUUUUGAUGAAAAUGUUCGCCGGACAUUCGAGUGAUCGAAUCACUGGAAUAUCGGAAACAACGAAGCUUCGGAUAUAUAAUAGUAUUGCGUUGGGAGCCAGUGCAGUGUUCUUAGUGGCGCUAGGAUUUGUAAAAGAAGGACAAGGAAUGGCAGGAUUGAUUCUGAUGACGUUGGCAACGGCGAUGUUUGGUUUCAAUGGCGGCGGGUUUACCAAGUCGUACACGUUGCACUUCCAUCGAAGCGGCGUCGACGAUGUAGACGACUCCGCUAACGCCGCCAGUGGCGAUUUUAUGCAAGUUUUCUCCCUUGUCGUAGCACCACGCAACUGUAUAGAGAUCUUCCUGAAAUUGGAAAGUUUUGAGAUGACAUGCUGA